AUGAUUAGGACGAUACUUCUCACGAUCCUGGCGAUCUCGAGACUUGUCUUCGCUGGAAACCCGUCUGAGAUUGCGGAAGCUGGCAUCGACGAAAAGGCCAAAGCCGCAUACUUUGUCUAUUCUGGAUAUGUCUUUGCACUCAAUGUGGCGGAGAAUGGAGACGUGUACUAUCAUAUGAACGCUCCAAGCAAGCACUCCUGGAUGGGCGUGGGUUUUGGUGGUUCCAUGACCAACACCAGAAUGUUGAUUUCUUAUCUUGGCGACGAUGGGAGUACACUCAUCAACUCCUGCCGGUAUUCGACGGGUCACUCGGAGCCAGAGCUGGAACCGGAUAUGGUUAUUGAAAACGUCUCCGAUGAUGUAUAUGCUCCAUUCUCCAACACAUUAAGUCCAGACGGUAUCAUGAUAGCCCAUGCUGUCUGCCGAAACUGCUCGGCAUGGAAGUCAGGAGCGCUAGACCUACAAAAUACUGCUCAGCAAUUCGUGUUCGCUCUCGGCCCAWACGAAACUCUUCACUCUGAUGACAGGAAUGCCAAUCUCCGCCUCCACACAUUCCAUGGCAACUUCGAACUCGACAUGACUGUAGCAUCGAACUCUACAGGCGCAUACGGCAGAGUCCCCGCGCCUCAGGAUCCAGGCUUACAAACGGGCCAUGGAUUCUGGGCGUUCGCAAACUACUUCUCCUCAGGCGCAUACAAUACGGGGUCGGACACUGCGUGGUUCGGCAUAGCACAMGCUGUCUUUAUGGGGAUUGCAUUCUUGCUUAUACUUCCCAUGGGUGCACUGUCCCUCAGACUCGUCCGAAGAGUGCGUAUACAUGCCGCAGCGCAGAUGAUCGGUCUCGCAUUCGUGGCUGUGGGCUUCGGCCUUGGUGUGUACUGUUCGACGGUCUACAACAAGUCCAAAUCUUUCAAUUCCACUCAUCAGAUCAUUGGUCUGCUCAUUCUUGGAGCCAUUCUGAUCCAGGUCGGUCUGGGACUAAGUCACCACCUUAUCUACAUGCGGGCCGGUACUCCAACGAUUAUGGGCAAGAUUCACCGCUUCCUGGGUACUUCCGUCCUAACACUAGGAAUCGCAAAUGGCUUCAUAGGACUUCGAUUUGCCGAGUCGUCACUGGUAGCCUACGGUGUAGUCGUAGCAGUCAUGCUCGUCAUCUACGCUGUACUCGGAUUCUUCAUCUUCCGACACAACAAUAACCACGCCUAUAAACCAGAGAAGGAGGCGUACGUGCCUUCAGACCAUCCUCAUGAUGAUUACGAAAUGAAUGAGACGCCGUUCGCCACGAGAGGGUACGUGCAGACGCCUAGGACGCCCUUUUUCGGGCUCGCAAGGAGUGAUGAGGCGGAUGAGUACUCGGCGCGGAAUGAGCGGCGGAAUAAGGGCGGUGUACAAGUCACAGAAAGUUUGUAUACAGAUACGCCGUGCUCGGAUAGAGAGAACCCUUUUAAAGGAAAGUGGGAGGCUGUUCCUUUGCGAUGA